GUCCCUUCGCACUAUCCGUAGUAGGACCUUUUUUGCUGCAGGCGCUCCAUGCGUUGUGUAGCGAUAUGCUGAUUUUCAACGAUCGCCUGCUUUUGUUUGGUGACAGUUGAUUACUUCUUGUAACAGUUUUCACUAACUAACGUCUCUCUGGGAAUAGAAAAGAUGGCAGACCAUGCCCCUUCUGUUGCCAUGCAGGCUGUCCUUAAGCCCAGUUGCAGCCUCCCUGCGGACAUGCUAAAGAUAAAAGGUUAUGACUUCAACCAGGGGGUUGAUCUCCAGGCAGUGCUGAAGUCCUACCUCACCACGGGCUUCCAAGCCAGUAGUUUUGGCUUGGCUGUCCAGGAAAUCAACCGCAUGAUUGAGAAACGUCUUGAGCCAGUGGAGGGAGAUGAAGGAGUUGAGUUCAAAGAUUCUGGUGAAGUGUCCCGCAAGUUGGGCUGCACAAUUUUCCUGGGCUAUACCUCUAACCUCAUCAGCUCCGGAAUCAGAGAAAGCAUCCGCUACCUGGCAGAGCACAAAAUGGUGGAUGUGAUUGUGACCACAGCUGGAGGCAUAGAGGAGGAUAUAAUCAAGUGUCUGGGUCACACGUACUUGGGAGACUUCAACCUGCCUGGAAAGGAGCUCCGCCAGAGGGGCAUCAACAGGAUCGGGAAUCUGUUGGUGCCCAAUAGCAACUAUUGUAAGUUUGAAGACUGGCUGAUACCCAUCCUGGACCAGAUGUUGUUGGAGCAGAACACAGAGGGUAUCCGUUGGACUCCCUCCAAAAUGAUCCAUCGACUUGGCAAGGAGAUCAAUAAUCCUGAUUCUGUCCUCUACUGGGCAUACAAGAAUGACAUUCCGAUGUUCAGUCCUGCUCUGACUGACGGCUCUCUGGGCGACAUGAUCUACUUCCACUCUUUUAAGAACCCUGGCUUGGUUUUGGACAUAGUGGAAGAUAUUCGCAGGUUGAACAGCAAGGCGGUGUUCGCCAUAAAGACCGGAAUGAUCGUCCUGGGAGGAGGAGUGGUCAAACAUCAUGUCGCCAAUGCUAAUCUUAUGAGGAAUGGAGCUGAUUUUGCUGUGUUUGUGAACACGGGUCAGGAGUUUGAUGGCUCUGACUCUGGAGCCCGACCCGAUGAGGCCGUGUCCUGGGGCAAGAUCAGGGCAGAUGCCAAACCUGUUAAGGUGCAUGCUGAUGUAUCUUUAGUCUUCCCUCUCCUAGUGGCCCAGACCUUCGCUCUCCAUGCUGACAAGCUGACUGCCGGCAAGAAAACAGAUUAAGUGACUGCCUCGUGAAAUGUUCCGUUAGAAACAACAAUCACUUUGGUUCCUCUGGUACUUCCCUUGAUGGAAUAACAGCAGAUUCAAGUUUGGUCUUCUAAAUAUACAUGGGUAUAUAGCAUGGCAAGAAAGAUAUACUUCUGCAACUGGGAAUUUUAUUAGAUGGGAGACAGCUGUGAGGGUUUCUUGUCUUAAUUCUUUUCAUUACAAUAUUUACUUGUUAUAACAAGUACACUUUUUUCCUGUCUGUUCAGACAGCUGGAAUAAUAUGGGUAGCAUGCUAUUGCAUGUACCAAAGGGACUGUCUAGAAUGCAUCAGGUUUUAGCUGCGUGGGUGUGGGUGUGUGUUUGUGUGUGUUGGUGUGUGUGAGAGAGAGAGAGAAAAUUCAUUAUUUAUCUUGAGUUUUGAUUUAUUUCAGGUUAGUCGUGACUUGACAGUCACAUCACUCAUACUUUACCUUCUUGCUUCUCUUUAUAUCAAACAAGCCCUUACCUUAUUGUUGUAGGAUGAAGGGUGUGGUCUGUAUAUCUUGAUAAAUAAAUCUUACAUGAAUCAUU